AUGACCGGGGCGACCAAACCUUGGUCGGGGCUGUUGGAGCAGCCAUCCCAUGCUGACCAGGCCUUGUUCGCCUCGAUGACUGAGGUCACCAUUGGAAACGGCAUGAGAACUAGCUUCUGGGCUGACAGUUGGGUCGGGGAACCACUUAAGAAACAAUGGCCCCUGCUCUUCGAGGUUUCUCGGCGCAAGAACAGGACGGUGGCCGAUGCUCUCGAGAACGACCACUGGCUCAUGGACCUUCGCGGGAGGAUCUCCAUCGACCUUUUGCUCGACUUCAUCUCACUUCGGCAAAUAUUGCGAGGCUGCAACGUCGACCCUGAUAUUGAAGACACCUUUCGGUGGAAGUCCACGUCCGGGAAUUACUCCGCCUCCUCAGCAUAUGCGCUACAGUUCGAAGAGACCCAACAGUCCCCGCUACGUCAUAUUUGGCCGGCCUGGGCGCCCCCAAAGUGCAAGUUCUUCUUCUGGUUGUUGUUGCAGCGCCGGGUCUUCACAGCGGAUAGGCUGCUUCAUUUUGGGAUGCCGAACCAAUACUUCUGUCCUCUUUGUCGAAGAAACCUCGAGACCCCGGCGCAUCUCUUCGCAGAAUGCCCUUGGGCUAGGGAGGUCUGGGAUCACACUGCGGGUUUGUUCGCCUGCCCAGCCAUUCGGCAACCUGAUGGUGACGACCGAGCCCUAUCCUGGGCGGUCUCCAAGCUGGCGGGUACUGACCGUCGAGCUGCCUCGUAUUUAUGUCAUUUCGUCUCUUCUCAUGACCAUCUUCCAAAAGCAAACGGCCGAACUCUAGCUCCUUGCUUAAAAGAAGCAAAGCUGUGUCUAGCCAAUAUUCCACUUGCGCACAACAUCCUUCCCCACACCACUCUGCUAGCAGCUAGCAAGCACAAGGUGGUAAGUUUGCAUACGUGCAAAGCAUCGAUCAUGGGUGAUGCGCUGUGCGAUCAGCUCCUCGUGGACGUUGACGGCGAGUUCCAGCUCCCCUCCGACGCCGACGACCUAUUCAGGAUCCUGGAGACGUGGGAGGACUGCGUGAACGGCCCUGCCGCCGCGUUAAGCCCCACCACCGGCGGCCACGGCAGAGGUGGUCCUGGGCUUCUGCAGGCUGGUCCUGCGCCGGGAAACAAAGUCAGCAAGCGACGAGCGCCGCAGGACGAAUAUGACGGCACCGCAAAGACGCAGAAGAGGCAGAGAUACUCGCCGGAGGAGGGAGGCGGCGCGACGCCCAAGACGCCGCACAUCACGGUGGAGCGCAACCGGAGGAAGCAGAUGAACGAGCACCUGACAGUGCUGCGGUCUCUCAUGCCAUGUUUCUAUGUCAAGCGGGGUGACCAGGCAUCAAUCAUAGGAGGUGUGGUGGACUACAUCAAGGAGCUGCAGCAAGUGAAGCAGUCGCUGGAGGCCAAGAAGCAGCGCAAGGUCUACACCGAGCAUGUCCUCAGCCCGCGGCCGCUAUCCACGCCGCCGCUAAGCCCGCUCCUCAAAUCCACGCCGCCGCUGAGCCCGCGCCUCGUCAUCCCGAUCAGCCCUGCAAGGACGCCGCCGACGCCAGGCAGCCCCUACAUUCUCCGGCCCCUCCCACCACCACUGAUCUCCGGCUCCACAUACGUGUCACCAGCGAUGACGCCAACCGGCCACGAUCCUGCGGCCUCCUCCUACCUCCCCUCGCUCGACGCCAUCACCGCCGAGCUGUCGGUCUACGCCAACCGGCAGGCGCUGCUGCUGCCCCCGACCAACCCACUCCCCGACGUGAGGGUGGAGUUCGCCGGCGCGAACCUGGUGCUGAAGACGGUGUCGCACCGCGCGCCGGGGCAGGCGGUCAAGAUCAUCGCCGCGCUGGAGGGACGGGCGCCGGCGCUGGAGAUCCUCCACGCCAAGAUCAGCACCAUCGACGACACAGACGUCAACGCCUUCACCGUCAAGAUUGGAAUCGAGUGUGCGCUCAGUGCGGAAGAGCUGGUGCAAGAAAUUCAGCAAACGUUCUCGUAA